CAUCGGGUUCGGAGCAUUUCUCACUGGUUUCCUGUUAGAAUUCUGACAAAACCUCCAUCCUCCUGUUUCAUACACCAUCCGCUACUUUUUACGCGACCAGAGCAUUGGGAAACUUGCUUCGUAAACGCAUCUCUCUCUCUCUCUCUCUACAAUUCUACUCUUCAACUGUACAAGUCGAGCGUUUUCUCAGUUGAUAGAACUAGUGUUGUAUAGAAACCCGUGAGGUUUACUCUCCGAACCGCAUUUCGCGUAUUAAAUUCCAUCGUCGUCGUUCCAAUUCUCAUCAUCAACACCACCUGCACCCUGAGAAGACUUGGAACGGAAAGCAAAAAGCGACACACAUUCCUUAAACUCAAAAUCGUUCAUUUCAAAAUUAUUGGCAUCAUGGAACCUCUUUACGAGUAACCUACUUCAUCAUAUUUUGAUAUUUACUGGGGAGAGAUAUGCCGGAAAUUGGGACCAAUAUUCCGGGCAAUUUGUAAAUAGAACCCCGAGUCUGCAUAUUGCCCCUACAUAUAUCUUGAGAUUAGUAACUUGAUAUCAAUAUAACUCGAUAACCUAAAUUGCUGAAAUUAGUUACAAGCUAAUAGUUGAAAUUAGUCUUAUUACACAAACACAUACGUCAAACAAAUUACCGCAUGAGACCACAAACAUAAUCUUAAUCAAGCGCUAUAGCUUCACGUACGCUUCCUUCAAAGUACACAUGUACGCAACCAAUUCAAUAAUUUCUACGCACUGAAGUUUAUCCUGAUCUCAUUUUGAAACAAGGUUAACAAAACAAACGACUGAAAUUUAAGGAAUACUGAUUGCAAAUUUAGCAUUUUUAAAUUAUCAAAUAUACGAUUGAACACGAAUUUCAAGCUAUCUUUAACUGACCGGACUUGGAAGCAGUAUUAAGUGCAAAAUUAAAUGAAACACAUAUAACAUAUCAAAAUUACAUGAAAUCAAAGGUGGACAGCGCUGGAUUGUGCAGCUAAAUAAGACAGCCAAGUCAGGAAGAAGGAAAACAAACACAUCAAUUAAAAAUCAUUUCAAUAUACAUGGAGUGAUUCUUUAAAAAAAUCCAAACGACUUCUCCACUCAUCAUCAUCCCACUAAUCAAUUUGUUUCCAACGUGGCUUCGUCCGAAGUAAACUCGUACAAUAUAGAUAACACUAAAAGGAUCUUCCCCUCGUCGGGGAUGAUUGAUCGGGCGUCAGCCGAAAUAACAAAGUGUAUAAUGCGCCUUAAACGAAAAGAUGCCAAGAAGCCACCAGAGGUUCCACCCAAGCCGGCCGUGCUGAGCAACCCAGGAGCAAAUGGGCAUAACCAUAACAAUCAUGCGCAACAGGAGACCCCCACCGCGGAGAACGGUUCCGGAGCUGCUGGUGGGGGAGGGACAUAUUCCAUCGGGGGGACAAACAAACACGGAGGAAUUGCAGUCCUCCCACAGCACAUCACAACCCUUACGGGACAUUCUUCCUCAAACGCUUCUUCCUGUUCUUCUUCCAUGGGGGGAGGAGGAGGCGGACCACUUGGAACAACCUCUGGAGGAUCCGUGACCUCUACACCCCAAACACCACGAAAAUUCUCCACCCUUCAAAAAAAGACACCACGACAUAAAAAAAUGCUUAGCCACCAUUCUCAACUAUGGACGGACGAGGAGUUUCUGCAAACAUUCUUCACAAAGUAUUUCUUUGGGAGUGAAAAGCUCGUUUUGCCAAUGGUCUGCCGAAAGUGGAGAGACACUGCUUACGGGCUGGGGCGAGUAUUCUGGGGAGAACUGAUUCCGGUUUUAAAAUGCAAAGAACUGAGAGGAGUUCGAACCGAUCUGAACGCUGGAAUAAGGAGACGAUUCUACGGGGGACUAGUCAAACGAGGAUUCACCAGUCUGAAAUUGGAGUCUGCAACAGACGAGGAUGCCGAGGAUGUAAUCAUUCACUUUUCCCAAGGGUCUUCCUUGGUUGAAACACUAAAGAUUCAGAAAUCCAGCCUCAGUGACAAGGGCUUGUACAAUUUACUCGAUCAUCUUGGAAAUUUGCAAGAGCUGGAAUUAUCUUCCUGCAAUGAAAUUUCUGAAGAUGGACUCAAUGUCGCUUUGCCCAAAAAACUUUUACGACUCGUUAUAUAUGAUUGUAUUCAUAUCGCGGACACGUCCGUCGCCUACGUCGCUCGCAGUCUUACUGCACUACAGUCUCUGGAAGUUCAGGCUUACCAUGUUACCGAUUCGGCACUUGCGUCCUUCAACCCAAAAAGCAACUCGACGCUUACUACUUUGAAAUUAAAUUCGUGUUGGGAAUUGACAAAUCAAACCGUCCUCCACAUUGUAUCUGGUCUACCCCAAUUAAAAAUACUGAGUUUGUCUGGUUGCUCCAAAAUUACCGACGAAGGAGUGGAGGUACUCGCCGAGAACUUGCAUCAAUUAAAGUCAUUAGAUUUGAGCUGGUGUCCAAGAAUUACGGACGCGAGUUUGGAGUGUAUCGCAUGUGACCUGACUUGUCUUGAAGGGCUUAUUCUUGAUCGCUGCUCUCUAGUCACUGAUUUGGGAAUUGGAUACUUGGCCACUAUGCCAAGUUUAAAGAUAUUAUCCCUUCGAUGGUGCAGCAUAAGAGAUGCAGCCAUUCAUCACAUGAUUCACAUGAAAAAGUUGCAAUAUUUGUCACUGGCUGGUUGCACAAGUAUCGCCCCAUCCACUUUGUGCUCCGUGACUGCGCUCCGAAAUCUCAAGGAAUUGGAAUUGACCAACUGCGGAGCUGCAACCCAACAAGUCCUCAAUUUCCUGAAAAAUACUCUUACUUGCGUAAUAAUUGAAUAGUCACUGUCGUUGGUGGAGGGCAGAUGCUCGUGCUUCUGAACAAGUAUUUAUGGAAAUUACCAAAUAUGUGUGUACAUUUGUAUAACUAGUCAAACAUGAGUAUUUAUGUGAAAUUAUGUAUUUAUAUUAAAAUGCACUAUUAAUAUCAAGCUGCUUGCACACCCGAGAUUAAAUAUAUCAUCGUGUGAGCAUCUUGCUUAAUAUGAGCUCAUCCCGUGUAAAAAUAUCGUAUAAAAAUCUGUAUUUCCAACACCCCUAUAUAUAUUUUCUUUAUUUAAAAAUUAUUGUCCUACACGUAUUUGAAAAAAAGUCUAAAAUGGCUGUAUUUUUUAUUUUAUGCGACAAAACUUUGUAUGUAAUGGUAUGAAUGUGUAAAUGUAUAUGAUGUACCAACAUUAAGAAACUUAAAAAACAAGCGUAUUUAUUUCUGUAGAGUAGUCAAAAGACAGAGAAAAAUAAAUUAAAGAUUAAAUGUCCAUGAA